CACGGUCCCACAAUAGCCAGAUUUUGGGUUGUGAGUGUUGCUACAGUUAUACAAAAGUUUUGUAUUAUCCGUUACCCCUCCGCUUUUUCAAUGUAGUAUGUGUUUAGCUUUUGUUUUUAUUUGAAAUGCUAUAAAACACGUACAAGAUUCUGGACCAGAGCCCCCACAAUGCCGAGGGCAUUACUGCAUUUGUAUUAGUGGCGGCAUGGAAACCGGCUGGGUCUCGCUCACUUCAAACGUGCAAAAAUAUUUUUAGUGUGUUUGAAAGGGGCUUAAGACCAAUUUGAUCGACUGCACUCUGGGCGGUUUUGAAUCUGUGUCCUUAGAACUGUGAUGGAGCCACAAAGCUUUUUCAUCUAUGCAUUCAUUAUCUGAGCCACUUAUUCCUACAAGGGGCACGGGUGUGCAGGAGCCUGAACUGUAACCAACUAGCGGCUGACUUCCUUUCCACUGUCAAACCUCGGAGAUGUGGGCGGGGCUUCGUCGAGCUCACCCCGGCGGUUGCUGCUGCUGCUGCAGCUGCGUGACGGACGGAGACCGGAGCGGUCCUCUUGUUCUCAACCAGCCGGCGGCACGGUGCUCGCUCGGCUCCGAGUGUGUUCUCUGCUAUUUGUGCAUAGAUGUCCAAAACCUCUGGAAUAUCCCAUCGCUGGAGAGGCUACAAGCGCCCAGCGUGGAGGAUCGUGUCUGGCAAGCCGACGAGAGGGAACUAAAAUCCUGCGAGAGCAUGGCGGUAGAAGAGGAAGGUCUGCGAGUUUUUCAGAGCGUUAAAAUAAAAAUAGGAGAAGCUAAAAACAUCCCUCCGUACCCAGGGCCAAACAGGAUGAGGGACUGUUACUGCACCGUCAACCUGGACCAAGAAGAAGUCUUCAGAACAAAGAUUGUCGAGAAGUCACUCUGUCCAUUCUAUGGAGAGGAUUUCUACUGUGAAAUACCACGGAGCUUCAGACAUCUCUCCUUCUAUAUCUUUGACAGGGACGUCUUCAGAAGGGACUCGAGUAUUGGUAAGGUAGCAGUGAAGAAAGAAGACCUGCAUAAAUAUCACGGGAAAGACACCUGGUUCCAGCUCCAACCUGUCAGUGCUGACUCAGAGGUGCAGGGAAAAGUGCACCUGGAGCUCCGUCUGAGUGAAGUCAUCACAGACAGCGGAGUCAUCAACCACAAACUAGCCACGCGAGUGCUGGAGUGCCAAGGUCUUCCAAUCGUCAACGGCCAAUGUGACCCUUAUGCUGCUGUCUCACUACUUGGUCCUUCCAGGUCAGAAGCAAAGAAGACCAAGGUGAAGAGGAAAACCAAUAAUCCACAGUUUGAUGAGAUUUUCUAUUUUGAGGUGACACGGCCCUUGAGCUACACAAAGCGACAGUUUGAUGUCGAAGAGGAAGACGUGGACAAAAUGGCUCUGAAGGUGGAGCUGUGGAAUGCUAGCAACUUGACGUUUGGUGAUGACUUUUUGGGAGGUGUGCGUGUUCCCCUCAGAGUCCUGGGUCAGUUUGGAGUCCAUGAUGCAUGGUACUAUCUGCAGCCCAGAGAAAAUGGAGGCAAGUCAGUCAAGGUGGAAGAGCUUGGAUCUCUGCGUCUGAAUAUUGUUUACACAGAGGAUCACGUCUUCCCCUCUGAGCACUAUACCCCCCUCAGAGAUUUGCUGCUUUCCUCUGCCAAUGUACAGCCUGUUUCGGCGUCAACAGCUAACAUUCUUGGGGAAGUGUGUCGAGAGAAGCAAGAAGCUGCCAUUCCGCUUGUGCGACUCUUCCUCCACUACGGCAAGAUUGUGCCUUUCAUCAGUGCCAUUGCUCAUGCUGAAGUUAACCGUACACAGGAUCCAAACACCAUUUUUCGAGGAAAUUCGCUCACGUCCAAAUGCAUCGACGAAACCAUGAAACUGGCAGGGAUGCACUAUCUGCAAGUCACACUUAAACCUAUCAUAGAUGAGAUCUGCACAGAACACAAGCCCUGUGAAAUUGACCCAGUUAAGCUCAAGGAAUCUGAAAAUCUGGAGACAAAUAGAGAAAACCUUCGCCACUAUGUGGACCGUAUCUUUAACGUUAUCACCACCUCUGGCGUUAGCUGUCCCACUGUCAUGUGUGACAUCUUCUUCUCACUUCGAGAGUCUGCUGCCACGCGUUUCCAGGUGGACCAGGACGUCCGAUACACAGCAGUGAGCAGUUUCAUCUUCCUGCGUUUCUUUGCUCCAGCAAUCCUAUCGCCCAAUCUCUUUCAUUUACGGCCUCACCAUCCAGAUCCCGCCACCUCUCGAACACUUACCCUCAUCUCCAAAACCAUCCAGACAUUGGGAAGUCUCGCCAAGUCAAAAUCUGCCAAUUUCAAAGAGUCGUACAUGGCAGCAUUUUACGACUACUUCAAUGAGCAGAAGUAUGCAGAUGCUGUGAAGAAUUUUCUGGACCUCAUAUCCACUUCAGGGAAGUGGGAUCAGAAGAGUAUUGAAACACCAAUCAUGCUGAAAGAGGGAUUUAUGAUAAAGAGAGCGCAAGGAAGGAAGCGGCUUGGAUUGAAGAAUUUUAAAAAGCGAUGGUUUCGUCUCACCAACCACGAGUUCACUUACCACAAGACGAAAGGAGAGGGAGCUUUGUGCAGCAUUCCCAUAGAGAACAUUCUGGCUGUAGAAAGACUGGAGGAGGAGUCAUUUAAGAUGAAAAAUAUGUUCCAGGUGAUCCAGCCAGAGAGGGCGCUCUACAUCCAAGCCAACAACUGUGUUGAGGCGCGAGAUUGGAUCGACAUCUUGACCAAAGUCAGCCAAUGCAACCGCAAGCGUCUUAGCACCUAUCAUCCUUCAGCCUACCUCAACGGCCACUGGCUCUGCUGCAAGCUCUCUGCCGACACGGCGCCUGGCUGUACGCCCUGCACUGGCGGCCUCCCGGCCAACAUCCAGCUGGACGUAGACGGAGACAGAGAGACCGAGAGGAUCUAUUCCCUGUACAGCACAUACAUGACCAAACUGAUCAAAAUGCAAGAGGCUUGCGGCAGUAAGUCAGUGUACGACGGACCUGAGCAAGAGGAGUACUCCAGCUUUGUCAUCGACGACCCCCAGGAGACCUACAAAACCCUGAAGCAGAUCGUUUCAGCCGUACAGACUUUGGAGCAGCAACACACCAAGUACAAACGAGACAAGUUCAAGAAGACCAAGAUUGGCAGCCAAGAACAUCCAAUAGGGGACAAGAGUUUCCAGUGCUACAUCCGUCAGCAGUCUGAAAGCUCCACCUAUUCCAUCUGAUUACGGCUCUUGAGACUCCUUCUGUGAUGUUCAGAACCAGCACGUCGGCCUUGACAGUCAACCACAGUCCAUUUGUUCUGAAGUGGCACGCACCUGAUGUGCUGAAUUCAGGGAAAAUACAAGUUUUAAGUUUCCCAACAGGAAUAGCACGGGAUGGAUCGCUCCACAAACAUGGAGAAAGAGAACUCAGAUUAGUUAUAACAGAGAAAAAGAAGAAAAUGAAGAACGUCAUCCCUUUCUGUGACGAGAUGACAGCGCAAAGCUUUUUACCGGACAGCUUUUACAGUGAACGACAUGCACUUUAAUCGCCUCCAAAUCAAUGACCUGCAGCACAUUUUCAAAAACUAUUUUAUGGCUUUCAUUUAUAUUUUGGGUUUUUGUAACAUUACUUUGAGUAUCGCAUCUCACAGACCAAAACUUCAGAAGGAGCAACAGUAUUUCCCAUUUUUUAGCGUCCUCCGGCCGCCUGCCGAGGAAUAUCAGGUUGAAAGCUAACAAAAACAGAUUGACAGGACCAAGUGCAGCCUGGUGCGGUGCAGGUGUGAGAGAAAUCACACUCCACUGGCACACGUUGCCACUCUUUAUCAUCAACGUGCAAGCAGAUGCUGAGCUUUUAUUUGCUGUAGUCUUUUGAUGUCAUAUCCUGUGAGAGUUUGAAAGUUAUUGUCAGCCUUUGGCUUUGCAUUGUUGGAGGUCUUUUGGAUCAUGGAGAUGAUGGUCUUGAGCCAAUUACUAAUUGCUUCACCCAUUUCACGAUCAUAUCCAUUAGCCAUCCAUACGCGAGUCAUUUGUGAAAACCAUUUAUACAGGUAAUACUUGCAGAAAUUAUGCUGUAUGUUAAAGAAAGUACACAAAAGACAGAUCAUUUAAUAUUAUUAACAAACAUAAGAAUGUUUGUAGUGGAAAAAGUUGCACUUGAGCUGGAAAAUUUCAUCCAAACCUUCAACAAAUGGCCUGAGGUCACUUCUCCCUGUAUGCAGAGAUCAAAGUAACGGCAUCCAUUUGUUUGUUUAUUUUCCCACCAACUCCCCUUCAACUAUGAAAAUGGAGGAAUCUUCACAUUGCCUUCAGCUUUACCCCUGAUCAAUACAUCUUACAUUCAGUCCAUCUCAAGUUAUCGUAAAAUGGGUCAUGGUUACUAUCUGUGUUGCCCAUUGGCUGCCUAAUAACUUUAUUUUAGUGAUGUAGCUCCGCAUAGCAAUGGAAACAUGGGCCUGUAGUGUCAAAUGUAUAUAGGAUGCUGCCUGCUGCCAAGCUUGCCCAUCAGCACCUCAUGAUCCGUUGAAGGUACUGGAUUUUAAUUGUUCUAACAAUGGUUUGUGUGUGUGUGUGUGUGUGUGUGUUGUGUGUGUGUGUGUGUGUGUGUGUUGACAUUGCAACCUCUAUGUUUUCCCCGUCAUUUCAUAUGACAUUUUCUUGCCAAAUGAGUGCAUGUGUCGUCACGACAGAUUCCAGUCGCAUAGACUUUCUUUAUAUCUCAUCAUGUAAGCACCUGGUUGUGUACCCUCGGUGGUGGUGAGUGCCAGUUGUUAUCUUUUUAUUAAAAUAAUUCUUUGUGUUUGUGUGUGAUUAUAAGUGUGAUCUUUAAAAAGCAGACACUCUGUUGGAUAGCAUUUAUUUUGUUCGCCGUUUCUAUGAAUUUGACUCAUUGUCAUACAGCCAUCUUGCCGCGCAUCUGAGUUGAAUGACAUGACGUGUGUCUUAAUGUACAGUAUGUACUUAUAAGUGUGUGUUUGAAUGCGUAGCUGACAUGCCAAGUGAAUUAACCCGAUGUCCCCAGUGAGAAGGCAGCGUGCCAGUGGUAAAAUGUUUUUUUUAAAUCGUUGCCUGUAAUGAUACUAAUGCAACUGUCUUAUAUUGUUCCUGUUCUCAAUAUGUACAACCACAGUUCUUUCUCAUAGAACAUAAUUGACACACCCCAAACAUGCAUGUGUAUCCACUAAUGUCUCAGGUUUUGAGUAUGUAUGACAACACAACCAAGCCCAUUCAUUCACAGUAUUAUUAUUUGUAUUCUAUUGCUAUCAUUUCUGAGCCGCUCAUCCACACAAGGGUUGUGGGGAGUGCUGGAGCCUAUCCAGGCUGUCAACGGGCAGGAGGUGGGGUACACCCUGAACUCGUUGCCAGCCAAUCGCAGGCCACAUGGAGACAAACAACAGCCACAAUCAUACCUAGGGGCAAUUUAGAGUGUCCAAUUAAUCUUGCAUGAUUUUCGGAUGUGGGAGGAAACUGGAGUACCCGGAGAAACCCAUGUAGGCACAGAGAGAACAUGCAAACUUCAUUAAGGCAGGACCGGGAUUUGAACCCCCUUCCUCAGAACUGUGAGCCCAAUGCGCUAACCACUUGCUGCACCAUGCCACCCGAAUUAUUAUUAUUAUUUUUGUAUUAACCUUCUUGCAAACAUGAGCUGUGUUUGGGGGGAAAAGAUGUUCUAUUAAUGGCGACCUUCCCCACCCUGAAGUCUACAAAGGACUGAUUUAUGCAAUAAUGUUUUCUUUUUUCCACCUUGCAAUAAUAUUGACCUUCCCCCAAGAAUUUGCUAAUUAACAACAUGCAAAGUCAACAUGUAUUUGUAUUUUGUACAUAUAUUUUGAAAGUAAAAUGAGUUUAUUGUAAGUGUACUGUAUAUGCAACAGUGGGAUGAAUGGUGAAAUGUAUUGUGCUCUUUCCCUUAACAAAAUGAAAA